UUAGUAUGACCACAACGAAAUUGUGUACAUGCAAAAUGGAGAGCUGUGUUGUCUUGUGUACAUGCCGCCCAUUGUUAUGUUGCUGCCUUCUCACAAAUGUUCAUGUAGUAGGAUUCACAACGCUAUUUUCAGUUCACUUUCGUGCUGCUGCAGUCUAUGGCGGUCAUUGUUUUCAGCACAUUAUCAAUCAAGCAGCUUUACAAUUGGUUUAAUAACGGGAUAAUUGCCCAACAGUCACGUCAGAUGCAUGUUCGAGCUGAUGUACCGCAUAUUUUGAGCUCUUGAACUGUUUACAAUUUUAUGUGGAUUAAAAAAAAUUUAUAUGGAAAAUAAAAAAAGGAGAAAUAUACAUUUUUCUACAAAUGUAUUUCUUGUAAAAACAGAUUUUAUAUUUUCGUACUAUAAUAAUGUUACAAAAGUAGUAUUAAGUUAUAUUUGUAUUACUAUAUGCAUCCCUGAUUAUGAACAAUAGCUGUAGGUAUAUGGAAUAGCAUUUGUCUUGUUGUAGACAUCUGGCGCCACGGCUGUCUGCUCGUCGAAACAAUAGACAUCUGGCGCCGCACUGUCUGCUUGUCUAGGUAAACAAUUGCUGAGUCUGGCGCCGCGACUGUCUGCUUGCGUAUGGCGCCGUAUAGCCGUAUGUUCUGGUAAUUUCCAGACGCGAUAUUCUAGAAGGACACGUCGGCAUCAGCGAGAAGUGCGUGGCUAUAUAAGCCGUGGCAGCGCCAACGUAAUCAACCAGUGCUAAGAGUAAACUGAUAUAGUGUAGACGAGUUGUGAAAUAAAGAGUUGUUGAAUUAAAUUAAACAGUGUUGAUUUUAUUUGUCAAUCCAGAGAUACGAACCUAACAAAGUAAACUAGCAAGAGUAAAUUCGUAACAAUUGGUGUCAGAAGUGGGAUUGUCAAAUAAUCCAAAUUCAAGAUGGUUAAAUUCGGAGAAUUGAGAAUUCAGCAAUUAAAAAAAGAACUGGAGGAGCGUAAUUUGCCGAUAAGCGGGCAAAAGGCGGAUCUGCAGGCACGAUUACGUGAAGCAAUGGAAGCGGAUGGAAUUAAUGUGGACGAGUUCGAAUUUGUUGGGCCAGAAACUUCUACAAAGGUAGAAGAGAAAGUAGAAGAACAACGAACAUCAUCAAGUGUAGACAUGAACACGUUGUUAGUGGCUAUUAAGCAAAUAAUAGCUGAAAAUACAUCACAAAUAGCAGAAAAUGCAGUGCAAACAGAAAAUCGUCUGGCACAGCAAAUAGCUGAAAAUAUAUCACAAAUAACAGAAAAUGUAGUGCAAACAGAAAAUCGUUUGGCACAGCAAAUGACGCAAAUAGCUGAAAAUACAUCACAGUUAGAGUCUCGCCUUACACAACAGAUUACGGAAAAUACUACACAACUACAAAAACAAGUGCAAGAGAAAUUUUCAAAAUUUGAAGACGAAUUAAGCACUUUAAAAAAUGGCGAAGAAAAUUUAAAAUCAGAAGUUCUGCAAUUAAGUAAUCGUGUGCGAGAACUGCAACUACAUGGCCUUGCACCAUCAACAAAUAAUCAAAGAUUGAAGGCACCCACAUUCGAUGGAAGUAUUCCAUUUCAAAUUUUCAAACUUCAGUUUGAAAAGACAGCAACGGCCAAUAAUUGGAAUGCAGCGGACAAAGUGGCGUCCUUGUUUGUAUCAUUGAAAGGACCGGCAGCAGAAAUCCUUCAGACUAUUCCAGACUGUGAACGGGACAACUAUGAGGCAUUGAUGAGUGCGAUAGAAAGACGUUAUGGUAGUGAGCACCGGAAACAAAUAUACCAGAUCGAACUGCAAAAUAGGGGUCAGAAGAUGAACGAGUCAUUGCAAGAGUUCGCAACUGAAAUAGAACGACUGGCUCAUUUGGCAAAUGCAGAUGCACCUGUGGAUUACAUUGAGAGGGUAAAAAUUCAAUGUUUCAUAAAUGGAAUUCGUGAUGUGGACACCAAACGCGCCACAUAUGCAUUGCCAAAAAGAACGUUUGCUGAAACGGUUUCGCACGCGCUCACACAGGAAACAGCUUCCCUACUAAGUAAACCAGCACACAAAGUACAAAGGGUUGAAAUGGAACAACCGGCGCUGAUGGAAGAAAUAUUGAAGACUCUGAAGACAAUUGCUGCACAGCGAGUAAAUACAACAGGCAGAUGUUUCAACUGUAGAAAAGCGGGUCACUUUGCCCGAAAUUGCAAGAUAAAAGUAAACCCAUCAAAAUGGAAACAACCAACAGAACACCGAAAGAGGAUUCACCACAAAAAUGCGGAUGCAUUAUCACAUCGCCCUUGUCCACUGGAAUUUAAACAUUGCUCCAAAUCAGAAGGAAAAGAAGGUAUAAUCGACGUGCGAUCACUGAAUAUAGAACCUGAAGAUGAUUGGACUCCUCAUCGCAUCAGAAUCAAUCAGCUGGAGGACCCUGAUCUUGCAAAGCUGGUAAUGGCCAAAGAAAAUGGGGUACGACCACCAAAGGAACAAAUAAGUAGCGAGAGUCCAACUGCAAAAGCAUAUUGGGCCCAAUGGAACAGCAUAAACCUCGUUAAUGGAUACCUUCAUCGUACCUGGGAAAGCGAAGAUGGCAAACAGUCUCGUCUGCUGAUCAUAGUACCGAAGUCCAUGAUCCCAAAAGUAUUGAAAGAAUAUCACAAUGGACCUAGUGGAGGGCACCUUGGAAUUACAAAAACUAUAGAGAAGAUUAAACAACGGUUCUACUGGAUCGGUUGUCGAGAUUCCAUAGCAGAAUGGAUAAGUAAUUGCGUAGAGUGCAUGGCAGCUAAAGGUCCUAAAGCCAAAAGUCGCGGUAGGCUACAACAGUACAACGUGGGAUCACCAUUUGAACGAGUCGCAAUGGAUGUUGCAGGUCCGUUCCCAACCAGUACGGCCGGAAACAAAUAUCUACUGGUUGUCAUGGACUAUUUCAGUAAAUGGCCAGAAGUAUAUGCCUUACCAAACCAAGAGGCGAAGACAGUAGCCGAAGCGUUUGUAGAAAAUUGGAUAACAAGGUUCGGAGUGCCCGUCGAAUUACACUCAGAUCAAGGCAGGAAUUUCGAAUCUUCCAUUUUCCAAGAAGUCUGUACAUUAUUGGGCAUCCACAAGACACGGACAACAGCGUUAUACCCACAAUCAGAUGGGAUGGUAGAGAGAUUCAACCGAACGCUCGAAGAACAUCUGCGGAAAAUCGUUGAUAAAGAUCAACGGAAUUGGGACAAGUGCAUCCAGAUGUUCCUGCUGGCGUAUCGUUCAGCGAAGCACGAGACAACUGGUUACACGCCAGCAAAGAUUAUUUUCGGAUCUGAUCUGCGACUCCCUGCUGAUCUUAAGAUUAGAACGAAUCCUACAGCUGUAAGAAAUGAUGGAGAUUAUUGUUCUGCCUUAAAGGAAGAAAUGAAUGAAUUGCAUCUAAUGGUAAGACAGCAUACGCAUCUGAUGAGCAAUAAGAUGAAGGACCGGUUCGAUCAAGCGGCAAAUUCAAAAGGUUUUGAAGAAGGUGAUCUGGUCCUGUUGUACAAUCCACUUCGAAAGAAAGGCUUGUCCCCGAAAUUGCAGACAGCCUGGGAAGGACCCUAUAUGGUGAUGAAACGACUUAAUGACGUGGUAUACCGCAUACAAAGAAAUGGGAAAGCACGAUGUAAAAUGAAAGUAGUACAUUUGGAGAGGCUCGCCCCAUUUGGUUCAAGAGGAUUUGUGCCUAAUCGGGACGAUUAGGCUUUAGUGGAGGGCAGUGUUACAAAAGUAGUAUUAAGUUGUAUUUGUAUUACUAAAGGGUGAUUUUUUAAGAGCUUGAUAACUUUUUUUUAAAAAAAAACGCAUAAAAUUUGCAAAAUCUCAUCGGUUCUUUAUUUGAAACGUUAGAUUGGUUCAUGACAUUUACUUUUUGAAGAUAAUUUCAUUUAAAUGUUGACCGCGGCUGCGUCUUAGGUGGUCCAUUCGGAAAGUCCAAUUUUGGGCAACUUUUUCGAGCAUUUCGGCCGGAAUAGCCCGAAUUUCUUCGGAAAUGUUGUCUUCCAAAGCUGGAAUAGUUGCUGGCUUAUUUCUGUAGACU